UUCACUUGCAUUCACCUUGAUUUCCGUGCCGCUCACUUCGAAAAUGGAGUCGAAACUUGUGAAGAGAGUUUGCCGGCACUACCUGGAUGGCAAGUGCUAUUUCAACAAGAGGUGUAGGAGCCUACAUAUCGAUGAGACGGAGGGAACCAAGGAGCUUCUUCAGAUGGUGAGGGACAUGCCUCACACUGCAAGUGCUGGGUCCGUGGCCGCAAGACGACCAAGUGUUACCAUUGGAUCCAAAAAAGGUAUAGGACGAAAAAGGGGUUCAGCGGCAACUAGGCGGCGUUCCGUUGCACGGAAAGCUGCUUUGAAAAGGAGAAGACGUUCGGGCAAAGGAACGUCAACGUCAUCGCCACCAACUUCCGUGCCGCAAGACGUCAUACCGACACAGGAGGUGGCACUCCCUGUACUCCCACCAGGCUGCGGGAUCGAGGACCUGCUGGAGGAAAUGGAUAUCCAAGAGGACCAGAACGAAUGAGCUGAAACGACAGAUACGGCCUCAUCUCCAGCGUACAACGAAACCAGAAUAAAAAUGAUAUUAUGAAGCAAA